GGCUAACCUGCGGGGCGAACCGCCCGAUUGAUUUUCCGAUCGGCAUGUAGCACUAAGGAAUGACGCGGUAUAAGCGGGCCCACACACCCCCGAACCACUAUCGGUGCAAACCACCUGAUUCUCUCCAUCAAGUAGCGUGCUGUCCGCCACGCGUGCAUCACCGGGCCUGCGCGCCACCUACGUGACGCGAUUGUUAAAAGCAUCAAGCCACCCGGCAACUUCAUUCGAUCACUGGCUGUCGUGCGAGCGGGAGAGAGGAUAUCUUACUGACCGUGCGUUACGGGUGACAGGCUGUGUUGUGCCCGGUCGAAGAGUGUUCUCUAGAGACGCCUGGCUCCAUGCAAAAAGGACUACUCGCCAUGUGGGAGCUGCAACUUGUUUUUGCUCUGGUCGUCAAUUUUGUUCACACUGCGUCCUCGGAGCUCCUGAAGAGCGGGACGUUCUGCAUCGUGGACCGCAGCAAGUCCGAGGACCUGCCCGGCAACUCGUACUACUGCCCUGCCUACAACGACGACGGCUCGCUCAACAAGUUCACGGAAUGUUGCAGCGAUGGACGACCGGGACCGGACUACCAAAAGUGCUGUCGGACGGGGGAGGCCAAAGAGGAACAAAAGUGGGGCUCGGUCAAGGAGACGGGCAUCUAUGUUGGCAUAGCAACCGCCUGCCUCCUGACCAUCAUCUUCGUCUUCACCUACUGCCGGUCCGACACUUAUCCUUGCGUGGGGGUGCUACAGCAACGCACCAAGUAUUGGAAAGAUGCCUGUCUGGACGCCAUAUGUUUCUGUGAUUGCUUCAAGGCUAAACGGAAGACCCAACGAAGACUAGAAGCGACCAAACUGAACCAGAUCGAACCACUUUGCGACAGUCAGGAACACCUAGUGGUGCCCAUGGUGGUGCUUGACGAUAAGGAGCAAUUCUGGUGGUAGCGUCUGGUGUCGUAUGUAAUUUGGUACCGUUGUGAGAUGUAAACCCUUGAUCUUAUUCCGCAUGUGCUUGUGGAAUUUACGGUGAUAACGCACAGGCUAAAUAGUACAAAUAAAAGAAGCGAAUACGACUUUCUCAAGAGUCUCACAUUAAUUUCAUAUUGUACUGGGAAUUUGAAAAGAAAAUGGACAUUUGUGAAUUCAGUUGCCAUGUAACAGACAGAGGUCGCAUUAUUGUUAACAUAUUUUCUAGUUAGUACAGAAUGGAAGGGCGAAAGCUAAACACAGCAUUUUUAAAGCAAUUAUUGUUUGAAAACUGUCACACUACUCAUGCGUUUUCAUAAUUAUGGUCGAAUAUGAUUAAAUAUGAGGGAAAUAUGGUGUAUCACUUAAAUGGUCCCUGUUUUUCUCAGAAAUAUUACAUUGCAUAUUUUUUGAUGCUAUGCCAGUUCGACAUUUUCAAUACGUGUUGCAAACGAGCAGCAACGGUUGAGGGCCGCUCUCGCGCGUGGGUGGAUAUGUAUGCUCUCGAUUGAUCGGGAUCUGUGACGUGCGUUAUUAUAAUACUGGCGGCCUUGUCUAACUUCGCCAAUGUCCGUCUGGACUGCAGUUCGUGCGCACGUAUCAUAUCCCAUGAUGCCGUGCUCAAAUGAAAGUUACAAUGUAGGUAAGCUUUUUCUAACUUUCCUAUUGCGACAGUAUAAAAACGUUUUGCCUUAUGGUUGAUAGUUGCUGUGGAAUCGAGUUAUUAAAGAAUUGUUGGUUAAUCUGGCGACUUAAAUAGGUUUCAGCCAGACUUGAUGAAUCUCCACGAGAUUCAGACUGUGAACGGUGAACAUUCUACCUUUAUAGCCACUGCAAAAUUUUGUACACAAUUCUGCUCUACAGAUUUCUAGAGUUUUGUCUGUAAAAUGGAGAGAAUUAUAUAUUUGUACACUGGGAUGUUGUAAUGAAAACUUGUUGGCUUUUUAUGAAAGUCAAACUUUGCACAAAGUUAAUACAUAGAUGUAACAUAAAUCUAAAAUUUAAGUAGCAAAAAAAAGUCUUUGUUGUAUGCGUUAGAUAAAAGAAGGGGGCAAGUACACGUGUAUGUUUCAGUCAAUUACAAAUCAAGAUCUGGAUUUCAAAAUAUCCCAGUUCCCAGUUGUCAAAUUUCUAUUAAAUAUGCAAUGUAAAGUUUAAAA